AUGUAUUUCAGCCUUAGGAUCCUGGGAUGGGGCAGCCUGAUUGCAGCAUCUUCUGCUGUUCCGACCGCCCUCCACGACUUUGAUGCUCGGGCACCCGAAGCAACGUCGACGCCCAUCCCUCCAAGUCUGGAUCCUUUCUAUACAGCUCCCAGAGGGUUCAAAAACGCGGCGCCCGGUGCCGUUCUAAAUAUUCGCGCGGCACCCGGUAAUCUGACGACGAUAUUUAAUGCUAGUUCAGAGGCAUACAACAUUCUCUAUCGCACCACAGACAGCCAUUAUCAACCUGCCUGGGCCGUGACCACCCUCUUUGUCCCGCUAAAGCCCCCACACAACGCCAGCAACGCCCUGCUCUCGUACCAGGUUCCCUACAACACGGUCGACGUGGAUGCCAGUCCCAGUUUCCUUGCCUAUGCCGGGGCAGAAGCGUUGGGACUUCAGUUCUCUGACAUCAACACAGCUCUCAACCACGGCUGGUUUGUCAAUGUGCCGGACUUCGAAGGGCCCCUUGCAUCUUUCGGCGCCAGCGUCUCAGAAGGCCAUGCGACGCUUGAUUCGGUGCGCGCUGCUCUGUCAUCCCACAAAAGCCUCGACUCUUCCUCGCGGUACGCCAUGUGGGGAUACUCUGGAGGCUCCGUCGCCAGCGAAUUCGCGGCCGAGCUGCAAGUACAGUACGCCCCGGAGCUCAACUUCGCCGGCAUGGCCAUAGGCGGCCUCGUGCCCAACUUUACCAGCAACUUCGACAAGAUCAACAACACACCGGCGGCAGGCCUCCUGGUGGCAAUACUGCUGGGAGUAUCGACCCAGUAUCCGGACACUUCCCACUACCUCGACAGCCGCCUGAAGACGCGGGGACAGUACAACGCCACGGGCUUCUUCGAGGCGAGAAACCUGUCGGCAUUCGAACUCUUCCCAACAUACGCGGACCAGGAUAUCUUCGCAGAUUAUUUCGCCGCCGGGACUACCGUCCAGGCGCCGGCCAUCCAAAAGGCAAUUGACAGGGAAGGCCUCAUGGGCUACCACGGCGUCCCCCAAAUGCCAAUAUUCCUCUACAAGGCGACCCAGGACGGGUACUCUGCCGUAGCCGACACCGACGCCCUCGUGGACAGGCUGUGCCUCGGCGGGGCGAACAUCCUCUACCAGAGGAACACCGUGGGGUAUCACCUCGACGAAUCCUACAACGGAGAUGCCAGGGCGCUGAACUGGCUAACGUUGGUUCUGCAGGGGAAUUACAGUGCAGCUUACCCAACAGUGGGGUGUACGGUGCAGAAUGUGACGGUGAACAUCACUGUUACCGAACCUUUUGGAAUUCCAUGA